ACAAUUGUUGUUUCAUCGCUCUCCUCCAUAAAUUCAUCUUCUUUCUUUUCACCUCUGGAUUUGUACAUGGUGGUCUGUCUUCAGCGGUUACCGCAACCUUUAGCCAUAUUGUUAAUGGGAGGAACCGCUCGUGCCCUUCUCGUAUUUGGAAUAUAGACUGAUCGCGCGCGAAACUCUUUGGUCAAAAGCCUGACAACGAAGGAACAAUACAUAUAAAUCUGGAUAUAUUGACAUCUGCACAAGGAUUGUUCAAGCACUGGAUCGGCUCUCAGUGCAUGUGCUCCUCCUCCGCCCAUCCCCAGCACCUCUUACACUGCUAUGCCCCCUGCCCUGUCCUCUCAGCACCUCCAGAGGAAGCACUGCCCGCCCCAGUAGGAAUGCCUGCUCGGGCCUGGCACCUGCCUCUGCCCGCCGCUGCUCCCGCACCUUGCGCCAUUCCAUCCCCCACCAGCUCUAGCAGGCUGCUCCACCAUGAACGAUGAGGUCAUCAGCACUAAUGCACUGGCCUGGCUGGUCUGCUCGGGAGUGUCCAUCCUGGCCAAUGCCUGGGGCAUCCUGAGUGUGAGCGCCAAGCAGAAGAAGUGGAAGCCGUUGGAGUUCCUAAUUUGCACUCUGGCCGGCACACACAUCCUCAACAUGGGCAUUCCCAUUACCAUGUAUUGCGUCAUUCAGCUGCGCAGACAGCACUCCAACUAUGAGUGGAACGAAGGACUAUGCAAGGUCUUUGUCUCCACCUUUUACACCCUCACCCUGGUAACCUGCUUCUCUGUCACCUCCCUGUCCUACCACCGCAUGUGGAUGGUCCGAUGGCCUGUCAAUUAUAGGUUGAGCAACACUAAGAAGCAGGCCAUACAUACGGUCAUGGGCAUCUGGAUGGUUUCGUUCAUUCUGUCUACACUGCCCGCUGUGGGCUGGCAUGAUACCACUGAACGCUUCUACACCCAUGACAACUGCCGCUUCAUUGUGACCGAGAUUGGCCUAGGCUUCGGCGUCUGCUUCUUGCUGCUGAUUAGUGGAAGUGUCGUGAUGGGUGUCAUCUGCAUUGGCAUUGCCCUCUUCCAGACCUUCUCCAUUCAGAUGGGCCAAAACGUGGACAAGAACAAAUUUAAUGUGCCCACCAUUGUAGUGGAGGAUGCCCAGGGAAAGAGACGCUCGUCCAUUGAUGGCUCAGAACCAGUCAAGACUUCGCUGCAGAUUACUUAUCUAAUCAGUGGAAUAGUCUUCAUAUAUGACUUUCUAACUGGGUUCCCCAUAUUGGUGGUGAGCUUUGCCAGCCUGAAAUUUGACCGCUCCUACAGCUGGAUGGUGCUGUGUGUACUGUGGUGCUCUAUAGCUCAAUCCAUCCUCCUCCCCAUGUUCCUGUGGGCUUGUGACCGAUACAGGGCAGAUGUCAAGAUGGUCUGGGAGAAAUGUGUGGCUAUCAUGUCCAACGAUGACGUGGAUGAAGAAAACAGCCAGGAUGGAGGCAUUCAUCCGGACUUAAUAUAUGACAGACCGUUUGACUAUAGCUCCGGUGCUGAUAUCAUGACGGUAGACCGUAUUGCCAAGUACGAAUUCUCAACCUUAGAAAGGGGGGGCCCCCAGGGGUAUCCAUUGAGGGAGCUUCAGGAAGAUAAAAUGCACUAUUUGCAGGUGCCCCCUACAAGAAGAUACUCCCACGACGAAACCGACAUGUGGACCACCGGUCAGAUCCCGUCUUACCUGCAUCGCUGGAGCUCCACAGAGGACAUCAUUGGCAUCCCACAGUACAGCUCGCCACGCCACGAGAGACGGCGGAGCAGCCCAGCAUCCUACCACGAGGAGAGCCACCCUCACCGCAAACGGAGGAGAUCCGAGGACAUGCAUUCCCUCAAGCAGAUUCCGCGUGUCGAGCAUUAUGAAGACGAUUUCAAAUGCUUCAGCCGUGACGAAGUGAUUAAUUUCAUCGACGAGACUCCAUUGGCUAGUCCAAUGAGGAUCCAGCGCCGCGCCUCUGCAAUCUCUCUUGUCCCUGAGACGUUCGAGCAGCACAUUGUCUUGCUACCGCAUUUUCCGCUCACGCACUUCGACCGUGAGCCUCAAGCGUUGAGACGCUGCUCUGAGCGUGGCAAGUGUCCCAAGCUAAUGGAGCUACCUCAGGAUACGUCGAGAAAGGUGAACGACAGUAGGAACAGCAGAAGUGCCGGCGGCGAGGGCAGUAAGAGAUGCCAUGAUCAUAGGCGCGACACAAGGCGCACAUCGGAGCUGGUUUCGAAGGGCCUGAGUGCAUGGACAGGGGAUAAGUCCUCUUCAAGUAUCAGGACAGGACAGGUAGAUGCACCUGCUUGUGUGGAUCAGAAGCACCUGUCCAAAGGUGAAAGCAAAGGAAGCACAAAUAGUUUUAGAAGCUCGCAAUCUGCGUUGUCAGGCUAUAACACUUUUGACUCCGAAACCAUAGGAUCCACAAACUGAGAAACAGUUUUAUGAGUAUUAUAAAAUAGUCCCUGAUAUGGUUCUUAGUAUUAUAGCUUUGGCUAAGUGGAAUUUUUUUGUAAUCUAGGAACUGGGCUCUUGAUUCUUGAGAUGUUGUUGAUACGAUAUGACAUAGACCUUAGUCGUAGUAGAUGCCAUAUUUAAUUUGAUUUGAAUGAAAACGUCUGAGUCUGUAAUUGAUAACAGUACAAUCCAUUCAACGGGUUUUACUGUUGUAUUGUUGAACAGUUGGCUAAACACGGCUUUCCAUAAACAUUCAAGUGGAUCUAAAACUCAGGGAAACAUGGUUGGGAAUCUAUCUUCAGACAGGCUACAACCCAUUGAACGGACUGUAGCAUUUCUAUUCCUCACAGCCUCGUUUUUAAUAGUGUCAAAUUUAAGAUGGCAUCUACCCUGACUAAGGUCCAUAUUGGGACAUAAUUCAUAAUUCAUUAGUGUUACUGAUAUAGCACUAUAUUGCUUUCAUUGGGACUGAUAUGUCAGUAAAUGGUUAGCUUUGCAGAUUUCUGAUGAAUUUUAUGUAAUCUCAAAGAUCAAACAAAGGUUCUGAAUUUAAAGGGACAGUUCAUCCAAAAAUUAAAAUUCUUUCAUUAUUUUCAUGUCAUUCUAGAUGUGUAAGACUUUCUUUCUUCUGCUGAACACAAACCAAGAUUUUUAAAAGAAAAUCUCUGUUCUAUAUGUCCUUUCGAUGUAAGUGAAAAGUGGCAAGACAUUUGAAGCUCCGAAAAGCAAACUAAGGGUGCAUAAAAGUAAUCCACAAGACAGUGGUUUAAUCCAUGUCUUCUGAAGAAAUCCAAUUGGAUUUGGAUGAGAGAAUAGACCAAAAUGUAACUAUAUUUCUUGACCUCAGCAGUUUCCUUGGUGAUAAUGAUAUCAAGCUUGAUUACACUUCCUAGCGCCAUCUAGCGCUCUACGUAUGGUCAACAUUAAGGGUGUAAUAGAGUUUGAAAUCAUGAUUGUGCCUAGAGACGGCAAUGGCAAGAUAUACAGUGAAAAGGAAUUAAAAUUUGGUCUGUUCUCACACAAAAUCGAUUUGCUCACUUCAGAAAACAUUAAUUAAACCACUGGAGUCUGAUUUGAUCAUUGAUUACUUUUAUGCUACUUUUAUUUGUAUGGAGCUUCUAAGUUUUAGUCAGCAUUUACUUGCAUUGUAUGAAACUACAGAGCUGAGAUAUUCUUCUAAAAAUGUUGUUUGUGUUCUGCAAAUGAAGGAAAGUCAUACACAACUGCAAUGGCAUGAUGGUGAGUAAACAAUGAGAGAAUUUUGUGGGUAGACUAUUCCUUUAAGCGGUAAGCUAUGUUUGUUUACAACACAUUACCACUCACAGAGUGGAUUUCUGCCAACUCUUUUCCUGUGAUUUUGAUGUUUCUGGUGGUGUGGCAUGAUUUUAAAGGUUUUUUUAACUAAACAAAAAGAUAUUUUGUUAUAUUGUUUGAAUUUGAAAUUGUCAUAUUUUUAAAGCACAAGGUUCUCCUUGUAAAUCCAUACAUUCCCACCAAUAGGAUAAAAAAAAAGAAACUGCUUAAUUUCACAGAUAUGUUUAAAAUGAGUUUGUGUUAAGUGCUUUGUGAUGAUUGAAAAUGUGUAUCUGAUACAUUGUUAUUCAUGAUACAGCCUAUUUGUCUAGUAGACUGUAACUAUAUGAGAAUAUGAGAAGCGACACUAUUUACAAAUACAUAUAGACUGCAGUCUACAUGCACUUUUUACAAACAAAUGGCAUAUUCAUUUGUCAAG